ACGGUGGGUGAGACAGAAAAGAUGUACCCCUUGGUAUUUAUAAUUGUACUCUCUAAUCUUGUUUAGAUUCCUCUGUAAUCUACUAAUUUUCCUUUUGCUGCUGUUUGCUUGAAUACUUGUGUUGAGGGAAUAUCAAAUUCAAGAAAGACUCGGAUGGGCAAUUGUUUGGCCUCUUUUGGUUUUAGUUCCACUUCCGUUGAACGCAACAAUGAAAGUCGUCCUACUCCAUGUUUGAAGUCAUACUCCUUUGAAGACCUCAAAACUGCUACCAGAAAAUUUCAUCCUGACAACCUCAUUGAAAAAGAUGGCGAUUAUUUAGUUUUCAAGGGAUGGAUUGAAGAGCAGACUCUGUCUCCGUCAACACCUGAAACUGGAAUGGGUGUUGCUGUCAAAAUACUUGAACUUGAAGGUUUCCCAGACCACGACGAGUGGCUGACUAAAUUAAACUAUGUUGGCCAACUACAUCAUCCUAAUCUGGUGAAACUAAUUGGAUAUUGCCUUGAUGGUAAACAUCGGAUUUUAGUAUCCGAAUUUUCGGGCAACGGAAGUUUAGAACAUCGUUUGACCAGACGAGUGGGCACUCGGCCACUGUCGUGGGAGACGAGGAUGAAAGUGGCUAUAGGUGUUGCCAAAGGACUAUCAUUCCUUCAUGGUGCUGAAUCACAAGUCGUAUAUCGUUACUUAGAUGCAUCAAAUAUCUUACUAGAUGAUGAAUUUAAUGCAAAGCUAUCAGCUUAUUUGUCAACUCGGAUCAUGGACAUUCAGGGUUACGCAACACAAGGUUAUCCAGCAACAGAGUAUGUUGAUACAGUUGUUGCACCAGGUUGCGUUUCAGAAAAGAGCGAUGUUUAUUGUUUUGGUGUCCUAUUACGUGCACUGUCAACUGGACAACCUGCAGUUACACAAUCAAUGAUUGAUGAGCAGAACCGAUUGGACUGUGUCAUGUGUUUUCAGAAGUCAGUCCAAAUUAUGGAUACCAACAUGGAGAAAGAUGACUAUCCCCGAAAAGCUGUUGUUGCAGUUGCUGCACUUGCUUCACAGUGUACUUAUCUUAAUCCAAGCUUAAGGCCUAAAAUGUCAGAGGUCUUGCAGAAGCUACAGAAAGUUGUAAGCCCUCCAAAAUGCAUAUAGCUACAAGUUUCCCAAGCAGGUUACAUGGAUUUCUCCAACAGAAAUUUGAUCCCCUCGUUAUCAUCUCAAUGACCAGUGGCGGACCCAGGAUCCCGAGUCAGGAGUGACACAAAAGCUAUACGAAUAAUUGUUCUUCCGUAUAAAAAAAAUAUAUAUAUAAUAAAUUUUUGUAUAAAAUAAAACAAGUGGGUAACUCACGGAUUUUUUUUUUAUGGUGUUAAAUUCGUAUAGUUGAUUCUAGACAUCACAAAGUUCAAAUUGAUUGAGAACCUUUUUGUAAAUAAUGUAUUACUAAAAAUGAAACUUUUUCAAAAAUAAUGUAAAAAUAUGAAGUAACUAUUGUGAUAGAAUAUCACGUAGUAGUUAAAGGAAA